AUGACAGAAUUCGAAUCUGCAACCCUAUCAGCUGAGGAAAAGAUCGCCGAAAAAGGUUUGCCAGUCGAUGAGGUCUAUACCCCCUCGCGUGAGGUCAUGCGAGGUUGUUAUGUUUACUCUGAUAAGAUGUACAAUGACAUGUAUCAGAGAAGCCUGAAUGACCCAGACGCUUUCUGGACUGAAAUGAGUCGUAGUAUUGAUUGGAUGAGACCUUUUGAUACAGUUCACUACGAGGACUUCAAAACCGGUGACGUGCGCUGGUUCCUAAAUGGGAAGCUCAAUGCCACUGUGAACUGUGUUGAUAGAUGGGCGGCUACUUAUCCGUCUCGAGCGGCAAUAUUAUGGGAAGGCGAUGAGCCCGGCACUGACAGGGUCAUCACAUAUAAACAGCUCCUAGACAAUGUCUGCCGAAUGUCUAAUAUGUUACUCAGUUUGGGUGUUAAAAAGGGCGACAGAGUUACCAUUUACAUGCCUAUGAUACCAGAACUACCUAUGAUGAUGUUAGCUUGUGCCCGCAUUGGUGCUUUGCACAGUGUGGUUUUCGCUGGGUUUUCUGCUCCAAGCCUGAGGGACAGAAUCAACGAUGCCCAAAGUGCUGUGGUCGUAUGUGCUGAUAUCGGUGUUAGAGGAGGCAAGAAGAUUCUGAUAAAAGACAUCUGUGAUGAAGCGGUGCAGGAAGUUCGCCCUGGGUUGGUACAGAGCGUUGUAGUUUUCAAGCAUUAUAGCAAACCUGGCAUGGAAGGGAAAUGGGACCCGUCAAGAGAUGUUGAUGGUUUCGAGUUGAUGGCAGCUCAGAGACCUUAUUGUCCACCUGUUGAGAUGGAUUCGGAAGACCUGUUAUUCAUGUUUCGCUAUUGGGACCUUAUUCAGAAGUAUAAAAUCAAUCAGUUCUACACGGCUCCUACUGCGAUCAGAGCGUUGAUGCGAUUUGGUGCGACGCCGCUGGAGGGGUAUGAUCUGUCGUCGUUGAGGGUGUUGGGUAGUGUCGGUGAGCCAAUCAAUCCUGAGGCUUGGAGGUGGUAUUAUAAUGAGGUCGGCAAAGGCAAGGUACCUAUCAUGGACACGUAUUGGCAGACCGAGACGGGCGGGAUUAUGCUAACACCGAUGCCUUAUAGAGCACUCAAGCCGGGAUCGGCGACGAAGCCUUUCUUUGGCAUCGAGCCAGCAUUGCUGGACCCAAUGACUGGGAAGGAGGUAGAGGGUAAUAGUGUCCAUGGUCUGCUGGCUAUCAAGAGGAGUUGGCCUUCGAUGAUCCGCACUGUGUAUGGCGAUCACAGUCGAAUGACACAACUUUACUUGGAGCCGUAUCCUGGUUACUACUUUACUGGUGAUGGUGCUGUUAGGGAUCAUGAUGGGUAUUAUUGGAUAACUGGCAGAAUCGAUGAUGUUAUGAACGUGUCGGGUCAUAGACUGGGUUCAGCUGAGAUAGAGCACGCUUUAGUACAAAGUGCAGCGGUCUCGGAAGCUGCUGUGGUCGGCUGCUCUCAUCCGGUAAAAGGCGAGGGUAUUUUCUGUUACGUCAUUUUGAAUGAGGGGUUCCACGAGUCGGAGGAUCUGAUUAGAGAAUUGAAGCACGAAGUAAGAAAGUCUAUUGGACCCAUUGCUACCCCGGAUGUCAUCCUGUGUGUUCCGGGAUUACCCAAGACUAGGUCGGGUAAAAUAAUGCGGAGAAUUUUAAGAAAGGUGGCCAACAGGAUCUAUAACGAUAUGGGAGAUACGUCGACUUUGGCAGAACCAGAAGUUGUCGAGGCCAUUGUUAUGAGAGCGAGGGCUCAUCAUGGCGAGGAUAUGAGGAAGGGAACUUUCUCAACGCACUUACAAUGAUUAUCAUAAUUUCACUAUUAUUUCUCUAUUAUUUUAUGAGCCUGCUCGCUGUGCGCGGAAGACUCUGACCGUUGGAAGCUGAGCUCAACG